GGAUAUGUUGGUCACGCUAAUAUGUUAUACACACAGACAUACACUAUAUUGUUUAUAUAUAUAUAUAUAUAAGUAGUUCAGACAGGGGUUGGCGUCAAUUGAAUUGUCUUCUUACGUACACACAGACAUACAUUACUCGUAUCCAGUAGUUCUUACGCGGAGCAACGAUCACAUAAUCACAGUGCCAGGGACAGAUAUGGCGGAGGACGGCGGUGGUAGGCGUGGCCGGAGUCGGAGAAGAACCGAGUUGAAGAAGAUCGAGGACAAGAACGCUAGGGAGGUGACCUUCACCAAGCGCCGGGGUGGCCUCUUCAGGAAGGCGAGCGAACUCUCGGUCCUGUGCGGCGCAGAGGUCGCAAUCAUCGCCUACUCUCCCCACGGCAAUCCCUUCGUGUACGGCGCCCCGUCCGCAUCCAAGGUCCUCCGUCGUUUUCUUGGAUCAACCUCUGCAGUGGAGGACUCCAAGUCAGGUGAUGCUAUGUCAUUCUCGUGCGGGGCGGACCCGCGCCUGAGCGAGUACAUGCGACGGGAAAGGGAGAUGUUAUCGAGGCUCGAAGAGGCAAGGACGCGUAAGAUAGAGGCAGAGUGCAAGGGGCAGCCGCAGCGGUGGUGGGAGGAUCCGAUGGAGGACAUAGCGGAGGAGGAGGAGCUCGAGCACUACAUAGAGUGCGUGGAGAGGUUGAUGGAGAAGGCCACCCAGAAAGCGGAGGAGAUGAGGAACAACACGGCGCCCACCAGUACCGCGUUUUCUCCGGCUUCUGCGCCCAUGGCUUCAGCCAGCAGCACUGUGGUGGAUACUUUGGGCACGGGGGUGCUCGACACGAGUAAUGGCGUGGAGGCAGUGGAGGAGGAGGAGAUCGGCUUGGGAGAUGAAGAGUUGGGGAGUCUCAGAGCAGCCUCUUGAAGGAGUUUGAAUAUGAUGAUGUUGGGUAUAUGCCUCUAUGGUCCUGAAUGAUGACAGACAGCGAUAGCAAUCGAUGUUCAUGCCA